AUGAGAUACGCAGUCUCAUUUGCCGCCUUGGUGGCAGGCGCUGUGUCACAGGCUACUUUCGAGCCUGCAGACUUCAACGUGACUGAGGCACUUCUCGAUAACGGUGUCAAUGUCUCGGCUAUCCCCGAGCUUGCGCCAUUGGCAGAGAGAUCACUGCUGAGUGGUUGCUCCAUAGCCUGCAACUCUUUAAAGUUGAUCUUUGGUGACGACCAAGUUGAAACACGCUCGGAAUCUGCCUACAGUGCGUUCGUUGGGGCCUACUGGUCUGCUCAACAAAGACAGCUUUCACCACAGUGCGUCUUCAAGCCCAAGAAAGCUCUGGACAUCUCAACCUCUAUCCUCCUUGCCCGUCUUACGCAAUGUCCCUUCGCAGCCAAGAGCGGAGGUCACUCAGCUGUAGCGGGUGGCUCGAACAUCGAGGGUGGUAUCACUAUAAGCUUCGAAAACAUGAGCAAGACAACGGUAUCUUCUGACAAGAAGAGUGUCUCAUUUGAGCCUGGCCAGACAUGGUACGAUGUAUACACAGCCCUAGAGAAGGACAACGUUACAAUCAUCGGUGGCAGAGUCUCUAGUGUUGGUGUGGGUGGACUGACUCUUGGUGGAGGCAUCUCUUACUUCUCCAGCGAGUAUGGUUUAGCAUGCGACAACGUUCUUGCGUACGAGCUGGUCACUGCAUCUGGACUGAUCAUCAAUGUGAGCGAGAAAUCGUUCCCAGAUCUUUACUGGGCUCUACGAGGUGGCGGCAACAACUUCGGUCUCGUCACGAAGUUCACAGUGAACGCUAUUCCCCGAGCACCGACAAUGUGGGGCGGGAUGCGAACGCAUCUCCCGACCAAUUUCACUGCUCUUACGAAGGCAUACUACAACCUCGGUAUGAAUGCAAACAAGGACGGAAAGGCUCACCAGAUCUUAUCGUUUGGCUGGGGCAGACCUAACCUUGGUCCUGUCGCUCAGCUUGAGCUGGAAUACUCAGACCCCAUUGCCGAUGCUCCAAUUCUCGCCGAGUACAACAGUAUCAAAGGAGCAAUUGCAGAUGGAACGGGAGUCAAGAGUCUCUCCACUCUUACUUCGAUUCUAGCUGGCCCCGCUACUGGAAACGGCCUUCGACAGGGCUUUUGGACCUGGACUACCACGCUCGAUCUGGAGAUGGCAAACACCGCCAGGGACAUCUUCUUUGAGGAACUCCCGAGCAUCAUGGACGCGGCAGCCAUUAUCCCAGCUCUUUCACUCCAGGUGAUCACGGAACCUAUCAUCGAGCAGAGUGCUAAGAGAGGAGGCAACCCGCUGGGUCUCGACCCCAAGGAAGGACCAUUGAUGCUGGCUCUAGUAUCUCUGAAAUGGUCCGACCCUGCGGAUGACGAGAGGCUCAACACAUUCGCCAGAACAGUCCAGGAUCGCUCUUCGGCUGCCGCAAAGGCUGCAGGGAAGAUGAACGACUACCUCUACAUGAACUACGCCAGUCCAUACCAGAACGUCGUCGCUGGGUAUGGCGCAGCAAAUCAAGCUAAGCUGAAGACCAUCUCAAAGAAGUACGAUCCAACUGGUGUGUUUGAGACGCUCCAACCCGGCUAUUUCAAGCUUGACGGCACGCCAUCGGGUGAGUUCUAG